ACAAGAUGGCGGAAGCGUGCGGGCCGAGUGCGGCUCCUUUUAAAUAAGAGAAGCCGGCGGGUCGGAGGGAGGCAGUGGGCGGCCGUGCGGAUGGGGGACGCUCCUCACCGCUGCCUCUGAGUCAGAUCCAGACGGGCGCUUUCGGCCGAGGGCUGCUCGACUUCCCUCUUUCCCACCCCCCCCCCCCCCCAUCUCCGCGGCGGUGUGUGGGUGGCGGCUGCCCGCCCGCCCGGAGACAGAUGAUGAAGAUUAAGGACAACCAGACGCGGACUUACGACGGCGAUGGCUACAAGAAGCGGGCGGCGUGUCUGUGCUUCAAGAGCGACUGCGAGGAGGAGGUGCUUUUAGUCAGUAGUAGUCGCCAUCCAGACCAAUGGAUUGUGCCAGGAGGAGGAAUGGAACCAGACGAGGAACCAGGCAGUGCAGCUGUGAGAGAAGUAUAUGAAGAGGCUGGAGUGAAAGGAAAGUUGGGAAGAUUACUGGGGAUAUUUGAGAACAGAGAUCGAAAGCACAGAACCUACGUGUACAUCCUCAUAGUGACAGAAAUUCUAGAGGAUUGGGAGGAUUCUGUUAAUAUUGGAAGGAAAAGAGAAUGGUUUAAGGUUGAAGAUGCCAUUAAGGUUUUGCAGUGUCACAAACCAGUGCAUGCAGAGUACUUGGAAAAGCUGAAACUGGCUUGCUCAAGCACGAAUGGAAACUCUGUCGUCUCCACACUCUCAGGUGACACGGCGACUUUGUAUGUGACCUCUUCCCAACCUUCAGGGAUGCCAGCUGACCUCCGAUGAAAUGGACAUUGAUGUGGCCUUGCUGCUCGUGCAGUCAGCUAACAAAAUGCAUUCUGCUUUUGAAAGCGGAGUGCUCUAGUUUAGAUUGUAUAUGUAUAAAUACUUUUGCAUGAAUACUUGCAGUGUUGAUAUACUUUUUAUAUGUAAAAUAGUGUUGAAAACCAAAGCCAUACAUUGAUUUAUGUUAGCAUCAUUUUGUUAGACGUGCCUUUCAGGCUACUAAGUGUUUUAAGAUUGCAUUGCACAGGAGAGUGUCUUUAAUCCUGUUUCAAUUUUAAUAUGCCACAGAUGUGAAAAUUACUUUCUCCAUUGGUGCUUUACAAUGGUAAUGUGGUAGCUGAUGAAUGUUUUCCAUUAAGUUCUGAAAAAUGCUCAGAAGAAACACUGAAAUAGCCACUAAGUGAUUGCUCAACACUCAAUUGCGAAAUUAAUGCCUUGAGAAAUGAAUUGCCCAUUUUGAACUAUUUGGAUAACUGAUUUGGAAGUGCCCAAAUCAUUAAGUGAUGCUUGAAUUCAACUUGAUCUGAUGCAGCUAUAGACUUUCAUUUCCAGGCCUCACUGAACUGCAGUUGAAAAUAUGAAUGUCCCCAGCAAUUGUUUGCUAUGUAAAUCUCAAAUCUAUUACUAAUUUUAAAGCAGCUAGAUUGGCUUUUGUAUCAAAUUUGUAACUUUUCCACUUCAUACACCAUGUUCUCUCUUGCAAUGUGUAGAUUUUCUUGAUUUUUCCUCCUGCUUAUUCUUCUGGUUUUUGUUUUCUUUUUGCAUUCUUCUCAAACCAGUUGUCCCUUUACCAAAAUCACCAUGCUUGGCCAGAGUUUCUGCUUACUCUUGAAGUGCAGUUUGUCUUUAUAAAUGUACUCAGCUCCUUGAGUGAAAGAACUGUUGAUCUAUUAUGUAGUGGAUGCUUCAAAAGAUGAAUGAAAUCUAAUUAUUGCCUGUGCAAAAUUUUGAAGUUCUUCCAAAAUAUUGCUAUUCUGAACACUUCAAUUCCCUUUCAUGUGUCCAUUUAAUUUUAUAUGCUUGCAAGUUUUUAUUUGAUGUGUUUGUACCUUGCUGAUUGAAAAAGGGUGGUGGUCUGUUUUAUAUGAAGUAGCACUCCAGGAGACUCUAGAUUUGCCAAUUGGACUAAGAUUGGCUAGGGUGGCUUGGCAGGAUUUGCAAAUAGUUGAUUUCCUUCUCCAGCAGUUGCUAGGAAGACUUUUUUUUCGUGUGGAGGAGCAAGAUGCUGUAGAUUUGCAAUUGUCUUUUAUGGAUUAUCAUAAUCUGGACCCAACUAACCUGUUGUUCUGGUUACAGGAGUCCCAUAUGAAAUGGAUGCAGGCAGCUUCCAAUGAAGUACAGGGCCAUAGUACAGAAUUGUCCUACGGCCAGUGUACAGCCUGACUCAACCUGCCAUUCUGUAUUUGAAUGUUGAUUUAGAGAUUUAUAAUUUGUAGCAGUGUCCUGCAGUGAUUUGUAUGAAUGGAAAUGUUCCAUUCUCUUUCCACUUCUAUCCCCACUGUGGUUAACAAGCAUUUUAAUUAUGAUAUUGUGACUGAAAGCAGUAGCCAAAACACUUCUGGGAAUGAAUCUGCCUUAUCCACCCUCAGCCUGCAGUUUUUCAGUUUUCAAUAUUGCUUCAUUUCAUUGCAGUGCCUCGCUAUUGGUUGAUUUCUACCUCUGUUAUAGAAACCCAUCACCUUACAAUCUUUCUGUACGGUCCCAAAGACACCAUUUGAGAGAGUCUACUGUAUUUGAUUUUAAAAAAAUCAUUUUCUUAAUGAGACUAAUAGUCUUGAAUAAAACUGAAUUUUGAA